CAGGUUCCGGGGCGCGCGGCCUCGGCUCGCGGCCUGGGAUCCGGCGAGAUGGAGGAGGCCGCGCUCGGGGAGGCCGAACUCAACUGGUCCCGCCUCAGCGUGUCGGCCGAGGCGCUGGAGUCGGAGCUGGAGGCGCGCGCGGAGGAGCGGCGCGGCGCGCGGGAGGCGCUGCUGCGGCUGCUGCUGCCGUACAACCGUCUGACGUCGCUGCCGCGGGCGCUGGGUAGCGGCUUCCCGCACCUCCAGCUCCUGGACGUGAGCGGCAACGCGCUCACCGCGCUGGGGCCCGAGCUGCUGACGCUGAGCGGCCUGCGCACGCUGCUGGCCAGGAACAACCGGCUCGGCGGCCCGGGCUCGCUGCCCAAGGGCCUGGCCCAGUCGCCGCUCUGCCGCAGCCUCCAGGUACUCAACCUCAGCGGCAACUGCUUCCAGGAGCUGCCCGCCUCGCUGCUGGAGCUGCGCGCGCUUCAGACCCUCAGCCUGGGCGGCAACCAGCUGCAGAGCAUCCCCGCCGAGAUCGAGAACUUGCAGAGUUUAGAAUGUUUAUACCUUGGAGGAAACUUCAUUAAAGAAAUCCCACCAGAAUUAGCAAAUCUGCCUUCUCUGAAUUACUUGGUGUUGUGUGACAACAAGAUCCAAAGUGUGCCACCCCAGCUCUCACAGUUGCAUUCGCUUCGAUCCCUCAGCCUGCACAAUAACUUGCUGACAUAUCUGCCUCGAGAGAUCCUUAAUCUUAUUCACCUGGAAGAACUGAGUCUACGAGGAAACCCAUUGGUUGUUCGUUUUGUUAGAGAUUUAACAUAUGACCCUCCAACUCUUCUGGAAUUAGCUGCAAGGACCAUUAAGAUCCGAAGUAUUUCUUACACUCCCUAUGAUCUUCCUGGGAAUCUUCUUAGAUACUUGGGUUCAGCCAGCAAUUGUCCAAACCCAAAGUGCGGUGGAGUCUAUUUUGACUGUUGUGUCAGACAAAUUAAGUUUGUGGACUUCUGUGGGAAGUACCGCCUCCCCCUCAUGCACUAUCUGUGUUCUCCAGAAUGCUCCUCCCCCUGCAGCUCCGCCUCACACAGCUCCACAUCCCAGAGUGAGUCUGACUCAGAAGAUGAAGCCAGUGUUGCUGCACACAGAAUGCAGAAAGUUCUUCUUGGUUGAGCAGCAGUGGAUAUUGAAAAAUAUUAAAACACUGAGCAGAAAUGACUUAAAAAAAAAAAAAUGGGUCUUGAAGUUGUGUGGAGACCUGAGCGUUUUCAUCUUGAAUAUCCACGUAAGAGUUGCCAUGAUGUGAAAGAGGUUUUGCAUUCCAUCUACACAUUUGGCAGCAGUGAGUCCAGUUCCAUGUUUAGAUUCUUUGAGUGCAAUUUAUUGUGAAUGGCAGUUCAAAGUUCAGCUGAUUGGUCACAAUUUUCAUGUAAGUCUUUGAGGAAACACUAACAGAAUGGUUCAUUUUAAAUAACAAUCAUGUAAUCAGCCGGAAGUGGUAUCACCUGGGACAGCUGAGUUGACUAUAGAAGUCAUCACAGUUCUGUUACCAGGGUUGUCCUGGUUUAUGCUGAACACUAUACAGAAAUAAAAUGAGCCUUCUCCUUCUGUUACUCCUGGACUGUUGAAAGCCUUGCUGACCAACUAACUGGACAGUAAGGACAAUAACUUUUAAAUGGAAUAUUUAAACCAGCUCUUGUUUUGUGUGAUUGUUACUAACUUUAUAAAAUCUAGCAGUGAUGUGUUAUAGUGCCUUAAUUCUAGCAAGAUUAUGGAAGCUUAUUAUAGAAAUUAUUUCAGAGCAACCUACAACCUGACACUGUGCAAAACACUUAGAAACGUACUUUAACCAACUAGUUGAACAAUUGUACAGAUAAUACCUGAGUUUUGAGGGCCUGUAACUCAGAGAUCCACCUGGAAGAUCUGCCAUCUGGUGGAGAGACAGGACAUCUUCCAGGUGGCAAUUCCAGCACCACCACCACCACCACCCCCCCAGUUGCUGAUAUCACAGGUGUACACUACCAACUGCUUCCGUGGCCAUCUUUACUUCGUUUUUGUUAACUGCAGUGAUCUCUUCUCAGCAGUUGACUUUUACACUUAAUGAGAGGCUAAAGUCUUCCUUCAUCUGUCAAGUCACCAAAAGACUAGAAUAAAAAUUUGUGACCAAAAAAUCUAGAUGAGCAGUAGACUAAGAGCAGCUGCUUUAUAAUACUGGACUAAGUGAGGAAAAGUUGGGCACAGGUGUGCACACCUUCAGAUCAGCACUUGGGAGACAAGAGGCAGAAGAGCAGGACUUCAAGUUCACCUAGGCUCCAGGGUGAAUUUGAGGCCAGCUUGGGUUACAUACAUGAAAACUUGUGUCACAGUGGGUGGAUUUUAGCCAAGUGUGUCUCCCUUGUUCCUCUUGUUUACUAAACCAAGCCUUCCUCUACAUUUAGAAGAGAAACCACAGCUACAUAAACGUGAGUGAAGCAGAGCCCAUUAUGUUCAUCCACAGGAGAGUGGUUCACAGAGGCAGCAUAGCCAUUGAGCACUGAAGAAGGAUUAAGAAAACAGUAAUAGCUUAAGGUGUGGAAGAAAGGUAGUAACACAAAUUACUGUCGUUGGAAAUUAAUUUUGCUAACUAGUUGAUUAUGCAAUUAAAAAUACUAAAAGUAUAAGUUAAUAUUAGAAAAUAUGUAACUCUCACUGCUGACCAUUAACCAACCUGUAAUAACAGGACGCCUCGUUGGUAAGUGCAAAAGGUAGUUUCAGAUUCCAUUAGAGCAUCGGGUGAUCUCUGAAAGAGUGCUCUAUUAGAAGCCAACUAUAUGCUCAGAGUAUUUGCGUGUUAGGUUUCUUGUAUAUAUAUUUUAGUAGAAUAUAUUAGUAGGUUCUAGGGUAAUUCAGGGUUUAUAUGUGUGUUUGUGUCACGGAACACGAGAGUUUCGUGGCUGCAGUUGUGAAACGCUGCUAUAGUGAGUCCCCUUACCUUUCCCUCGGAAUAGUGUAGGAAGAUUAGUUUUGUUCUUUUUUUGAUUUAGAAGUUUUAUUCCUGUGUUUAUAGAAACGAUGUUUCUACUGCUAAUGUAAUUGUAUAAUAGACAGUAUAAAGUCUUUGUUUAUUUCACCAAGUAAGCAUCUGUAAGCUGCAGAUUGCAAGGUUGGGGAAAGCAAAGAUGACUUGUAAAUGCUUUGUAAUUAGAUCAUUUAGUUAAGCAACACUGAGCAUUUUCACGGAAAAUGCUCAAAUUGAUGGGACCAUAUUCUUCUGGAUUAAAUACUUGUACUUUCUUGAUAGUCAUCUUGACUUAGUAAUAGUUUUGAGUAGCCUUUUAGGAAUUACUUGUAAAUAGUCUUGUAAAUAGAGCCUUUAACUGUAUGUACCCUUUCUAGCCUCCUAGAAAGAAAGUAUAUCAUUUCUUCUUUCAUAGCUGUAAAUAUUCCAGCCAGAGAUAGUUUCUAACCUCUUCCAUAUAGAUGUAUCCUAUGGUGUUCUUUCAACAAAGUGUUUAUUGUGUUUCUCUAUGUGUAUAGUUAAAGUCCAUGAGCAGUGUGCAGCUGUCUCUUUGGCAGGGGUGGGGACGCUAGGGACAGGCACAGGGCCUGGUGCAUGUUAAACAAUCUACAGUCCAUGCCUGGCACUCUACAGUCCAUGCCUGGCACAGGUCACUUGUAAUGAAAUCUGCAGUUAGCUUUUACAUUAUUUUAAACUCAUCUUUUGCCUUAUCUUUUACAGAAGUUACCAGUGGUUUCUAAAUUUUUUUCUUGUUUCUUUUUCAUAUUUUUUUAAAUGAUUAGAUACUAGCUUAGUAUGAGAGGAGUUGGCCGUCCAGAAGUAAGACGAUCAUCUUCUGAAGUCAGCAGACUGUUAAAUGGUAGUCGGCCUCACUAGUUACAAGUUGCAUGCUUAUCUAGCUAAUGAAUGCUUAGAGUUUCAGAAUCAGCAAGUCUAAUUUUCAUUACACAGUUAUUUUCUGAGACAGGGCCUGGCUGUGUAGCCCAGGCUAGCCUUGAGCUUGCUAUGUAGCUCAGUCUGGUUUGCUUAUGUUAACUCUUGCCUUGGCUUCCCAACUGCUGAGAAUACCACAUACCCUGCCCAAUAUUUUAACUUUAAAACGUGCCAAAGGUGCCUCUUGGUCUAAAAAUCUCUAUAUUUAAAUUUUUAUUCCCAAUAUUAAAAGUAAAUGUGCAUUGUAAAUUGUACUUGAAAUAUGUGACAUUUUGGGGUGAUGUAAAUAAAAGUAAAAGUCAACCCUUUGUAGUGCAGCAUGCCACUGCAGACCAGUUUUGACAGACGCUGAAAUGCUGGAUAUAAGUGAAGAAGCAAGAAGAGGCUGUUUGCUGGAAUGUUAGAUGAAACAGAUCUUUAAAAGCACCAAGGGGUAGAGAAAGAGAAGUCAUAGGAACCCCAGCAAAUCCCUGAGCCAGUAAGGCCCUGUAGAGUAAUAGUGGAUUGUUUUAAAAUUGAUGUGCUGAGUAUCUAAAAACCUAAUCGCUAAGUUUAUUAGUGGUAGUAGUAAUUAUUAUAUUGGUCCCUGCUGCCGGGAAGCUGUUCACGUCACUCCUCAUAAAGGAGAGCCAGCGAGACUUCCUUCAGCCUUGCUCUUCCCAGAGCUGGAAAGUCGUCCCUCCUUGACCUGUGUUUAUACUACAGCAGGUGGCCUUGGUUAAUCUUUACCUUUUCGUUGUGUUUUUAAAAAUCUACAAAUCAAGUAUUUAGUAGUAGCUAUUCACAUAUAAAAUAUGUGCUUAUUCUCUUAAGUGUCCGUGUGAGUGUAUUUGUAGACACAACUUUACAGUAAAUGUGUAAGUGAACGGUUAUUUAGCUGCGUUUAGAUUUCAAGUGCCUUUACCUAAGUGAUUGCCUCUCAUCUAAAAGUAGACAUUUUAUUGUAAGUAUUGCUCCUUGUUUAGUCCAAAAUACUGAGUUUUUAAGUUAGACUAGGCAUAGAACACAGUGAAGGUGCUGUGUAGGCUUUUAGGCAGCAUGACAUAUAGCCCACUGUUCUAUACCUGUGCUUAAAAAGAAGUGUUUGUUUAGCCUUCACCAGCUGUACAUUAGGCAUGUGAUGUAGUGUCCAGCUUUAUAUUUCCACCGUAGUGUGAUCCUUUUAAUAGUAUAGUAGGCAGCAGUGCCCCUUGUGGUCUGAAAGUGCCUAAGUGUGGGGAAGAAAGUGUAUUGUAUGACAAAUUGUCGGCAGUAGCUGUGUGUGCGAUCUGUAUUUGACUGGAGGGAGAAAGACUGCUCCUGAGGGGUUCCUUUGCCCACAACAGGGCCCACUGUUUAUGUAGGAAGUCUGGGAGGGAAUCUUAAGGACGCUGUGCCAGAGAUCAGAGCCCUCCAGAAUCAAGGAUGGAGCCCCACCACUCCCACCCUGCCCCCUGGUCAAAUGGUGUAUCUUUUAUAUAGUAUUUUAUUUAAAAUAUAUAUGCUAUCACAAAGAAUAAGAGAAUUUCCACCAUCUUAUGAAAAUAUUGUCACUGAGGUCUAGUGUUUCAGCAAAAGUUUUCAUAAAGGUUGAAAAGAGGGUAGUUUAAUAUAAAUAAAACCCUCCAUUCUUUUUAUAUGUAUUUUUUGUGAUCUGUAUUUACUAAGGAUUGAAUUAAGCAUUCCACUAACUCACAAGGUUGAACAUUUAGAAGGUAGUUCUUAUGGGUGCUGCUGGGCUUUUACUUUAGUCUCAUUGAUUGAUAUAAUAUUCAGUCUCAUGUAUGUAUUAAAUCUAGUGGCUUAAUGAAGGCUAUUUACAUGCAGAAAACCAUCUGCAUUUACCAGAAUGUACUUGAUUCUUUUGGCCAUAAAUAAAUUGAAUAUAACUGCAUUAUUUAAAACUCUAGCUGGAGGAGUCUUAGAUGAGUUGGCAUUGCUGUCUGCUGGCACUGGAGCCGUAACUAAGCCAGUUGGUUGGUUUUGUAUAUGGGGAUGGUUAAGGGAGUCACUGCACAGUUUACAUGGUCAGCACUGCUGGUGUGAGAAACAGUGUUAACUCACUAGUCACUUUCUAACUGUCAUGUCUAGACUUGUGUUGAAGUAUGUCACAUUCUCAGCCCACUUUGUGUGUGUGAUAAGCAAAAACAUAGUGAGAAAGGCUUUUAAAAUAACAAGUCUUAGCUUUUUAAAAUUGAGGGUUUCAAAAACAACAAAAGAUGCUGAAAAGAUGUUACCUUUUUGGUCAAAUCAUUAUAUAUGCUCUGACAUCUUAAUUUUCUGCACUUAAAGUCUGUGUAUUAAAAAUAUCUGUAUAAGUAUAUACGUAAUUAAAAUGUAACUCAGAAAUAUGAUUCAACAGUGAAGUUUGUUUUCUGGAAAAAAUAUAGUCCUAUUGUAUCAAAUUUAUUUUACUUUAUUAUGGCUAAUAUUCUAAAAAUAAUGUUUAAGCUAUUUUAAAUUCUUGUGCCUCUUCCCCCAAAGGAUAUUAAAAAAUCUUAUAUUAACUUUAUAUACUUUCUUCAUAAAUUUUGCCUUAAACAUUGUGCCUUGUUUUAUUAAAUUGUUUUAUUAGAACCCAGUUCUGGCUUUUGUAACAUUAUUCUAAACAGACAUUUACUUUAAAAAAUAUCCUUUUAAUGCUUGUAUUUGGUAUAUCACUGCUUAUCUGUUUAUUGAAUUUAUUGAAUACACAACUCCAAACAUUAAGCAUUUAUUGUAUGUGCUAGAUAAAAGAAAAUAAAGUUACAGUGUGUUCCUCUGAGA